AUGAGAGCUUCCAACAGAUCAUUAGCAGUUUAUAGGGGCCUCGAUAGCAAAAAGCUGCUUUCUCAAAGCUUCUGGAAUAUUUCAACCCCAUACACAAGAACCAAUAAACAGGAAAAAACCAUAGACUCCAACACAACUCUAAGUCCUAGAACAUCGGAGUAUCCAAAGCUGCUAGCCUUCAUUGAUAGUGAUGGUGAUACUGUCAAUGAGCAGCAAGAUCUAGGCCUUCGUCACCGAGAUCUAGCUCAAAGCUUCAGGAAUACUCCGAUAUUCACAGCUGCUGUCGACAAAUUCGUCCACUCAGAGUUACCGCCGAGCGAACAGAACUUGAAUUUGGUUCCCCAAUAUGGAUUGAUUGGUACUCGUCGAGACGGUAGAGCCGUGACCUCUUUAGAAGAUGGCCUCGUCAUUGGUAAUGUCAAUGUGCCUUGGUCUGCCUUUAUCUGUGGUUCCCAAGGAGCAGGGAAGAGCCACACAUUAUCCUGCCUCUUAGAAAAUGCCCUCGUUGCCCAGAAUAAUGCCGGGGCUCUUCCCUACCCACUAGCAGGCAUGGUUAUGCACUACGACAGUUACGCAAAUUACAACACAGCCCAUGUGUGCGAGGCGGCUUAUUUAUGUUCCGCGGGUAUUCCAGUAAAUGUCCUCGUUUCCCCAUCCAACAUCUGGGCAAUGAAGCGCUUGUAUAACAAUCUGCCAGGCUUGGCUCCGGACAGCCCAAAGCCGAAAGUUGUGCCCCUUUAUCUCGAAGAGCACCAGUUGGAUGCCUCGAGAAUACUAAAGCUCAUGGCUGUUGACCCUACGACUGAUAAACCCCCGCUAUAUAUGGAGAUUGUGAUGGACAUCGUGCGGGAGAUAGCCAUGGAGGGAUCAGCUUUCACCUAUUCGAAAUUUCGGGGACGUAUUGCUGACAUGUCAUGGAUGAGUGGACAAAAGAUACCUCUAAACCUCCGUCUUCAGCUACUGGAUAGCUUCAUGGCACCCUCAUCGAUGACUAAGUCGACCCGGCCAGCGCGGUCAUCGGAGGAUAUUUGGGCCUUUGAGCCGGGCUCAUUAACUAUCGUUGACCUGAGUGACCCUUUUAUCGGUUCAGACGAAGCGUGUACGCUAUUCUCGAUCUGUCUCUCUAUAUUUCUCGAGGAACGGAAUAAAUGCGGGCGUAUUGUAGCAUUAGAUGAAGCUCAUAAGUUUCUAGCACAAUCUGGUGAGGCGCUCGUCCUCACAAAUGAGUUAGUCUCGGUUAUCCGCCAGCAAAGGCAUACAGGGACACGCGUGGUAAUUGCUACGCAGGAGCCUACGCUAUCGCCUAAGCUCAUCGACUUGGCUAAUGCGACAUUUGUUCACCGAUUCCUCUCCCCAAGCUGGUAUGAGGUCCUCAAAAAUCAUCUCGCCGGAGCUAACACGCAGGAUCCCGGGACCAAUAAUUCACUUUUUCGCACAAUAGUCGGCCUCCGAACGGGACAGGCGCUUCUAUUCUGCCCGACGGCGCGGAUGGAUGUCGAUGACGAGGCGCCUGGUGGAACCAAGUGGAUAAAACCUCUCAAUGACAGUUACAUCAACAUCCAAAUCCGCAGGCGCUUGACUGCUGAUGGGGGUAAGAGUAUUAUGGCUACGAUCGCAUCUGAAAGCCCUAAGACAUUGGUGGACAUUGACGUCCCUAUGCACAUUGUAGAGCCGAUGACAAAAGACGACAAGAAAGACAAGAAAAAGAAGGGUAAAUCUAAGGCACCAGAGAAGCCGAAUGAACCAACCACUCAGAGUAUCAGCAGUGCAGAUAAAAAAGCAAUAGAAAUUAACGAGGAGUUAGAAGGCAUCCCUCGGUAUAUCAUCGUCGAAGAGGGAAAACGUCAUGCCUCUUACAUGGUCCAGAAUCAUGGUUGGGUUUCCUUUACGGCUUCGAAGAAGAAGACAAAGCACAAGUUCUUCCGUGAUUUAGAAAAAUUGCUCAACAUGACGCCUGGUACAAUUACGAAUGAUAAAGUCGCAAGACGCUUGAUAACUGAAACUGCCGACAUACAUAUAGUAAGGGUCUCUCAAUAG